AUGGAUGGUUACAACUACAACCGCCACUACUACAACAACAUGAUGUGUGGUGACGGCUACUCCAGCUACAACUACAUGUACAGCAAUGGCGGAAUGUACGCCUGUGGCGGCCUAGGGCGACGCAUCGGCACAGCAGCAUGGGUCCGGGCGGAGGCUACUACAAACAAUGGCACUACCACUGGAGGCACGGGCAGUGAGGGCGUCGCCUACCAGGACCAGCAGUACCAUCACCAGCAGCACGAGCACGACCUUAACUUCACGUUCAAUUUCUUCGAGCAGAGUGGUGGUGGGGGCGGGACUGGCGGGGGUCCGGGCGGCGGGGGGCAGGGCGGCGGGACUGGCGGCAGCACCGCCCCCAGCGAGAACAGCAACUCCUCCGACUUUAACUUCCUCACCAACCUGGCCAAUGACUUCGCCCCGGAGUAUUACCAGCUGAGCUGA